GUUUAAUAUUUAGAUUUUUCUUUUUACAGAAAAUGAUGAGGAGUUUGCUGUUUACAUUUUUCUUAGUCAUCACUCUGCAAGGAAUUGCUGGUGAAAAACAAAAAAAGUUACAAAUUGGAGUUAAAAAGAAAGUUGAAAACUGCGAAAGGAGAAGUGCAAAAGGUGAUGUACUACAUAUGCAUUAUACGGGAACAUUAGAAGAUGGUACAGAAUUUGAUAGCAGUAUUCCAAGGAAGCAACCUUUCACAUUUACUUUAGGAGCUGGACAAGUGAUUAAGGGUUGGGACCAAGGUCUUUUGACAAUGUGUGUUGGUGAAAAGAGAAAGUUGAUAAUUCCAUCUCAUUUAGGCUAUGGUGAUAGGGGUGCCCCACCAAAGAUUCCAGGCGGUGCUACACUGAUCUUUGAGGUGGAACUACUGAAGAUAGAAAGCAAGGAUGAACUGUAGGGUGCUUUAAUGCUUAGGCUCAAUUUCUUAGACAAGUAUAUUGGACAUCAUUCAACAUACUUCAGUUUAUAUGUAUUCUUAGUCAAGGGACACGAUUUAAAAUUUUGUACUGCUAUGUGUACUCAAUUCUACUGCCGUAUUCUUUUACAUUUUAUAAGUUGGGUUUUUCAAGAGGUCUCCAUGACGACAUAUAAUAUAGAAAAAUGGAGGUUAUUUGGAUGUUGAGUGAAUAGAACCACUUGUUAUAUCUAAUCAAUUCUGUUCUUUUUGUCAUUUUAUGUUUUGUGGUUAUGCUCAAUUAUGUUCACAUUGAAGCCUUGCUGUAAGAACAAGCCAUAAGCCAGGGGCUUACUGAUAAAUCCAUGCAUCCAUCCAUCGAGAUAAUAAUUACAGUGUACUGUUUCAAUAAAAUGUGAAAGUACUAGAA